CUUUGAGACUGGGUGUAUAAAGGGGAGCAUCCUGCCAUCAGGCGCUUACGGCCCUCUCAUCAUCUCAGUAUCUCAGUUGGGUUUGUUAAUCAACAUACACUCCUUCAAUCACCCAACUCUCUCCUAAUUUCUCUUUGCCCCCCGAAAUUAUCACCCUUAUCAAAAGAUCUUAAUCACUCGCUCAAGAUGGUCAACUUCUUCUCCUUCGUCUUUGUUGCAAGUGCUUUAUCUAUGGCUGCUGCGGACAGCAAGAUAUCAGUUAUCACCGAAGAAACCUUGCUAGGACCCCAAACCUUGACUGCCAUCACAAGUCCACUUCUUGAGAAGAGGGACCCGAGCCCGGAGCUCGACAAGCGAGGCUUUUUGGGCAACUUGCUUGAGCUCCCCACCUCGAUCAUCUCAGAGGUCCUCCCUGUUGCCACCCGAACCGUUCCGGAGCCCAUCAACGUCCGCGCUUCAGCCCGAGUUUCUUUCAAGCAGAUCAAAGUGCACGCUUAUCUCUUAGACACCCUCAAUGCAAUUUUGCCCCACACCCACGCCAUCCGAAGGCUUUGUACCGGCACCGUAAACCCUGACGCUGAUGAACUUAGUUGGCAAUUAGUCACUGAGCUCCGAGCAAUUUUCGAAAUCCUCAACGGAUGUCUGUACAAAGUUAAAACCUGCGGAAAGGCCCCAACUCCCAGUGGAAUUCCUGGCGGAAGGACUCCGACUCUGGAUGACAUUUGCCAGCUGUUCUUCAAAAUCAUGUGUGAAAUCAGGGAGUGCUGCAAGUUGAUUGGCUCGUUGUGCAUCAAGUACAAAACCGUCCGCCGAGUGUGCCAAGAUACUUUGAGACAAAUCUGCGGCUGCCUCUCGAACAUUGCCGUCAGAUGUGGUGUCGAGGUUGGAGAUAUGUCCAGCGGCCUGGGAUCUCGCUUCGCCACCGUCCCGAACUUCUUUACCGGUAUCCAGUUUGGAUUCAGCGCCUUCCCCAGCAUCCUAGGAAACGCCAAUGCUUCGUUUUCUUUCAACGCUUCCCUAUAGGGAGCUUUUGCAUUCCGUUACGGCACACCAUGACUUGAGCGUUGCGACUUAUGUCGCAUGCCACCUAUUUACAUGCAUUGGAUGUAUUCAUCUUUAUUUUUGUUUUUCUCAACACACCUUAAUUUAUCAUUUUCUCUGGAUACUACGUUAAUACCUGUGUCACAAUGAACCGUUUUGAAUUUUUGACCGGCAAUUUAUUUCUUCCUUUAAACCAACCGCGUCACAAAACCACCGGUAGUUUAGUCAUGUUUUUGUUGAUGGAUUAUCACAAUUUGUGCCACAACCUCACAAUGAGUUGAAUUUUCAACCCACAUGCCACAUCAACA